AUGGAAAUAACACCGGUGCACGCCCUGAACCUAACCGGCGUCCUCUUCACGUCAAAGAGGAUUAUCAGAGCUAACUACUUCCACUUCCUCUCCUUAUCUCUCUUCUUCCUCCCUCUCUCCGUCUCUCUCAUCAUCACUCCUUACUUCCACUACUCCGGCCACCACUUCCCCGUCGAUCUCUUCAACAACUUUCCGCAAAAUCAUAAGGCUGUGAGUUCUCAUCUCCUUUACAUCCUAUUCAUCUAUAUCUCCACUCUCUGCGCCAUAGCCACGAUCUCCUACAGUACAUACCAUGGUUUCGAAGGUAAACACGUCAGCUUCUUCACCGCCCUCAAGUCCCUAACCUCAUCCAUCUUCCCGAUCAUCGCAACCGCGAUUGUAGCUCACGCCCUUCUGUUUCUAAUCUCGUUAACUUUCCUCUUGUUUGUUGGAGUAGUUUUCACGUCGGGUCAAAGCCUAGGGUUUGUAAUCGAUUACAAUUCGAUUCACUUCACUCUGUUUUCCGUCGUCGUAGUUGCGACAUUAAUCUCAGUAAUAAUCUAUUUCCACUUGAAUUGGUCUUUGGCUUUUGUGAUCGUUGUUGCCGAAUCGAAAUGGGGAUUAGCGCCAUUGAUUCGAAGCUCGUAUUUAAUUAAAGGGAUGAGAUCUGUUUCAUUCUUAUUGUUGUUGUAUUUUGGUAUUUUUAGCGGGAUUUUUGUGUGGUUGUUUUUGUGUGGUUAUUUUCCUAUGCUUGGUUCCUUCUUCCUGAUGCUUAUGUUCCUUCGGAGCACUGCUAGCAACACUGUAUUGUAUAUGUACUGCAAGGCUUUGCAUGGUGAAUUGGCACUUGAGAUUGAUGAGGGGUUUGAUCACCAUUACAUCAACUUGCCUUCUGAUGAAGAGAAAGUCCCUCAAAUUGUUUCUGUUGUAGCAGCUUGA